GAAAAAACAGGAAGCGUCAAUUUUUUUGGAUUGUCGGUUAUACAGUUGAUUCAACAGUGUGGACGCAAUGUCAUUGGAUUUUGUUCGGAAAUGCCAGAGGACCAAAGGUUACAUGCAGAGUUAACGUGUGUUAGCUCUUCCUUCGUCGGGACUGGGGCGACUAUCAUGGGUCCACUUCAGGUAAUAAUACCCAACGCAAGCGGCUGAAGUUUCUGUCUCGUUGUGAGGCGGCUCGAAGGGUGCUGGAGACAUGGAUGAAGUGAUCACUCUCAGCUCCGACAGUGAAAAAGAAGACUCUGAUGUGGAGAUCGUCGGCUCCUUCGGCAACGGUGUUCCGACCAAACCUGACCCACCGCCCCUCACUGCAGUGCGAGUUGAUAUUGGCCCGACGUUCAACGUCCCACAGCUUUAUAUCGACCUCACCGAUCCCAGAUGGACUCUUCCAGAGCUGAAACACAAAAGACAAAAUGCCUCUGCCUUGACGGUGGUAGACCUGACUGAGACCGACGUAGCACAUGGGACGAUAUUGGAGACAAAGAAUUUGCCACCAGAUGACACUCGAUUGAAAAAAGAAAGUACGAAUACAAAUCAAACUUCAAACAAACCGGAUUGUAACUUGAAGAAAAGCUCAUCAAGAGACCCAACUCUUUUUGCACUACAGAAGGACUGUUGCAGCCUAAAGCCAAAGAAGAGACCUUUGGAUUCUCAAACACAACACAAAACGCAUCAUCGCACAGCAAUUGUAAAAUUAAGACGAUUUCCUUUCCUUGAAACUCACAUUGCAGAACUGAAAACAUCAAAGUGUUCCGUCUAUUUAAACAACGAUUGUACACAAAUGUCACUGAACCUAGACGAUAAUAGUGAAGCGCCAGAAUGCAUUAGUAAUUUAAGGAUAACUACGGAAUCACACGGUACCCACCUGGAUCCCUCGCUGGAGUCUACGGUGGUUGAAUCUCUCAUCACACAGGAAGAGCAAGAGAACAGUAAUACAUUUACGAACACACAGUUAAACGGUAAAACAUCUCCGCUUCUACAGACCCCAGCUGACUCUCCCUGCUCAGACAAAGGGGGCUCUGUUGCAACCUCAAAGGAGCCCAGCACCCGUGAAGACAAGAGAGAGGACUUUUGCUCAUCCGUGCCCACCCCCCCGCCAACAUCCAAUUUGUCAUCCCAAGAUGAAGCACAGCAUUCCUUACAGGAAGAAGUCGUCUGCUCCAAACUGAUACAACUGGAACUAGACAAAGGGGAAUCUAGACAAAGCUAUCUCUCUGAUCCCUUAUUCCCCAACUCUCCUCCCACAGGACCAAACCCUUCUGAGCAUUUUGAUCUAGACUCUCUGUCCCACACAAAUCCCAUAUCUCCGAACAUUAUGAGCCAAGUCGACCCAACACCCACCUCUGAGCAGACACUAGCCGAGAGUCCGACUGAACGACAGUCGGAGGAGCUCAAUGCUGAUGAGGCCUCAAACAGCUCUGACUCCCUGCACUGGAGCAUCCCUAAUGAGCCUCUUUUGUCAGUGUCCAACGAGGACAUGGAUGACAGAUCUGGGGCCGGGACAUACAGUGGGGAUCUGGGCAUUGACAGUCCAGUGUCUUUUCAUUGGCAAGAGGGUAGUGACGGAGACGAAGUGAACAAAGAGAGCUCAUUUGAUAUGGACUUUAGGGUGGCCAGUCGAGAGGACAGGCACUUUGUGUGCCCAGUUACACUCAGGAAAAUAAUGUCUGGAGCAGUUCAAGCCCCGCUUAAUGAAGAAGAAGAAAAAGGUUUUGGAGCUCCAGAGGUGCUGUGCCGUCAGAGCCUGAGCCUAGUUUACAGUACCAUCGAUGAGAACUAUCCAGAGGGCACGUUGCAGCUCUUGUCUGACCUGCUGCAGCCCGGUUACUAUCCACCCAGAGAUAUCACUUCCCACCUGCUGCGUGGCAUUCUGCUCGACCUGCAGUGUCCUCAUCACCUGUGCGUGCAGGCCUUUAAUCUGCUGAUGAGGACACAGAGACACCACAUGGCUGAUAGUACCACAAUGCCAUGGGACUGGGAGUUGCUGACCUCAGUCAUGGCCGAUCAGAGACAUCCAUGUGCGGUUGUGCGUAUGCUCCUGGACUAUAUUGUGCAGACUUUGGAGGACGACUUGCAGGCCAAACGCUCCAUCUCUGCACUCCACCACUCCAUUGCCAAGGCAACAUUGUCGUGUGAUCUGCAGUUCCCUCGUGUCAGGGAGGUCAUCAAGUGGCUCUUCUCUGCCAUUAUGAAAUCAACACAGUGUGGAGAGACUAGAGAAGCAGCCAGAGCGAGAGAUGAACUAGUCAGAAUGGUGUCCAUCCUCCAGAGGAUGCUGUCCCUGGCUCUUGAGGUGGACCGGUCUCCAGCUCUAAACUCCGUCAAGCUGUCCCAGGAGCUCUUCCAUAUGCUCAUCAGCAAUAUACCUCUGCGAGUACACAGGAUGUUGUUGCUGGAGAGCCUGCAGAGCAAGCUGCUGAGAUGUAAGCUGUUGGAACAUCUGUUGGACUAUGGAUGCCCACUGAAAACCCCUCUGCCCAUGUCGCUCAGUCUUCUGCUUCACUUUCUAAAGUACUGCACUCUGACACCAGACCCUUCGGAUGGUACUGAACGGUGGCAGAGGUGGGAAGAGUUGGUCCAUCUUCUCUGGAUGUUGCUGCUCAGCUACAACAAAGCGAUGAAAGGCUAUCUGUGCAACUCAGUCUCUGACCAAAGAGGCAGUUUUGCCAACUUGGUUUACAAGCCAGAUGAUAUGAUAUCCAAGCCCGCCAUCCGUGAAGCUGUGGAGGUCUUCCUGUCCAGAUCCCAGGCGGACCUCGGCCAAGCCUUACCGCUCCAUGUGGAAGAGUCCCUCACUUAUCUGCAGGAUCACCUGCUAGACGUCUGCCAGUGUUGAAAUAAAAUACUUGUUCUUUGUUUCUUGAAUGAAAUGUUAAAGACUGUACUAAAUUAAUAUUUAUAUUUUUGUAUGAAUUGUCUUGUUCAAUUAUUGUAUUCUAAAUAAAGGCAGUGCCUUGCUGUGUUUUAUGAAGUAAAAAUA